GAUAAAGAAAAAAAAAAGAGAGAGAUAGAAAAAAUGGUGAAUGAGAAGAAGAUGCUCCCAAAACGCAUCAUACUAAUGCGCCACGGUGAGUCAGCCGGCAACAUUGAUGCAGGGGCUUACGCGACCACACCUGAUCACAAAAUCCCUCUGACCGAAGAAGGACGAGCGCAGGCGCGUGAAGCCGGGAAGAAAAUGAGAGCCCUCAUAUCAACUCACAGCGGCAGCGCGUGUGGAGAGAAUUGGCGCGUGUACUUCUACGUGUCGCCGUACGAGAGAACGAGGACGACUUUGAGGGAAGUAGGGAAAGGAUUCUCGAGGAAGCGCGUGAUAGGAGUGAGGGAAGAGUGUAGGAUUAGAGAACAAGAUUUUGGGAAUUUUCAAGUGGAAGAGAGGAUGAGAGCUGUGAAGGAGACAAGGGAACGUUUCGGUAGAUUUUUCUAUCGUUUUCCCGAAGGUGAAUCUGCCGCCGACGUCUACGAUCGUGUUUCUAGUUUUCUGGAGUCUAUGUGGAGAGACGUGGACAUGAACAGGCAUCAAGUGGAUCCAUCAAGUGAACUAAAUCUAGUGAUUGUGUCCCACGGACUGACCUCUCGGGUGUUUCUAACGAAAUGGUUCAAGUGGACGGUGGAAGAGUUCGAGCGGUUGAACAAUUUUGGGAACUGCGAGUUCAGAGUGAUGGAGCUGGGUGCGAGCGGAGAGUACACUUUCGCGAUACACCAUACUGAAGAAGAGAUGUUGGAUUGGGGGAUGUCUAAAGAUAUGAUUGAUGAUCAAAAGGAACGUGUUGAUGGUUGCCGUGUAACAUCUAACGAUUCUUGUUCAUUGCAUCUCCAUGAAUAUUUUGAUUUAUCCCACGAUAAUGGCGGCGUCAUCAACUAUUUCUCCCUCCAUUACUGUAUCUUCAACGAAAACCUAUUCUUCUCAAUCCCAAUCUUGUCUCUUCUCAUUCUUCUUCACUUUUACAUACUUAUCAAAACCGCUCAGACUCACUUCUCCACCGUCACUACAAAGCUCGCCGAUCGCCUCAAUCUCUCUCCCAGUAUGGCUGCUGUGACUCUCUUAGCCUUAGGUAAUGGCGCACCUGACGUGUUUGCCUCUGUUGCUGCUUUGCGUGGUGGUCAGUAUCGAACCGGAUUCGGAGCUAUCUUAUCUGCUGGAACUUUCGUCUCUGCCUUUGUAGUUGGGUUCGUAGCGAUCUAUGCUGCGCCGUUUCCGGUGGACGCUGCGUCCUUUGUCAGAGAUGUGCUUUUUUAUUUGAUUGCUGCUUCGUUCUUGUUCUAUGUGUACUUGAGUGGCGAGAUAUUUGUGUGGCAAGCUAUAGGGUUUGUUGGGUUUUAUAUUUUCUUCGUUGGCUUUGUUUUCUGGAUGGAUUUUGGUACCAAUGUUGAGAAAGGGAAAAUUAUCAGUGAGGAAGAGAAGGAUUUGUUGAGACUUCAGGAUUGUGAGAUUGCUUCAGGUCCUCUUGAGAGUUAUAAAGCAGAGAAAGACCAUCAAUUUUCCGGAAUUUUUCGGCUUUAUGGAAUGAUCUCGAGGAUUUGGGAGACUCCUGUAUCAGUUCUUUUGAACCUUACCAUCCCAAAACCUUCUCCUUCUGAAUGGUCUAGGUUUUAUCGUUCUGCCAACAUUGUUUUCUGCCCUUUUGCCCUUUUAUACACCUGCAACUCUUUUGUACAACUAAACCACCCAAUUUCAUUCCUUUUUCCAAACACCCAUCUCCCGCUUUGGCUUGUUGUCCUCUUCAUGACGUCUUCCCUAGCGUUCCUCCACUUCACAGUAGAGAAACAACCACCAAAAACCGAGCAACUGCCGGUCAUCGUUGUAGCUUUCAUAAUGAGUGUUUUCUGGAUAUCAACAAUUGCUGGUGAGCUCCUUAACUGCUUGGCUGCUCUUGGAACCUUGCUUAAACUGCCUCCGGCACUCCUUGGCCUAACCGUUCUUGCUUGGGGAAACUCAGUUGGUGACCUAGUUGCAGACGUGGCAGUUGCAAAGGCUGGUAGACCAGCAAUGGCUAUGGCCGGUUGCUUUGCAGGUCCAAUGUUUAACAUGCUUGUUGGACUUGGAUCGGCCUUGGUGAUGCAAACCGCUAAUGUGUAUCCAAACGCUUACAAACUUGGAUUCCAUGUAGGUAUUGUGAUCGCUUUCGUCUUCUUGUUGCUUAGUCUAAUGGGCUCUCUGUUGGUUAUAACCUGGUCUAGAUUCCGAGUUCCGAGAUUCUGGGGGAUCUGUCUUGUUGGACUGUAUGUUGCUUUCACGUUUGUUAGUUUGAUCAUAGCCAGCGUUUCAAGUUGAUCAUAUGCGUGAAGUCUGCACAUUGAAUAAUCUUGGGUCAAGCAGAGUUUCAUUGUUUAGGAAUUUUUGUUGUCUCGAAGAUCAGCUAAUGCCCACUGCCAGGGCGGUAUUCUCCGAAUCCCACAACCAGUUCUUGUGAUCGUCUGAGGCAGAGUAGGAAAGUUGGGUAGAUAGGUGAUGGUAAAAUACAUGUGAAAAGCAAAGGAUAUGCAGAUCUUUUUGGGAGAAGAUGUUGAAUUCCCCAACCGGUUUAGUGAACCGGUUUACCAUUCUAUUGAUUGUACUGGUCUUGUUUUUUUGGGUCUGGUAUAUGUAUAAACCACACAUUUGUAU